AUGCCUUCUAUAGAAGAAUCCCGCAGCAAACGUAUGCUUGAAGACUUGGAAUUGAUUUUCUCCGCGAUGCCUGAGUUGGAGAUGCUCGACGAGGACUACGUCUUCAUGUCCACACCCACGACAAGUGCCAUUGUUAACGUCGCGAAUCCGUCAUGCAUUCCCUUGCGUGCAGACCAUUCCGCCAACUACUCGUUUCUGCAGCGCCAGGCCUGCAUUUGGGACUUGCAUGAGAGCCUAGAUCAAAUUCAAGAGGCGCAGUGGCCGGAUGUACAAGUCCAGCUGAACGCCUUUCGUUUACGACUUGACGCCGCCUGGCUCGAACUUCUCGACGCGCAGCGCCAGGCUUGGAUUUCCCAGGCUCAGAAACUCGACUUCAUCACGGCGCAGAAUCGGGACAUGUUCCGUGUCUCCAAAUCCGAGGGAGUAGCGCUGGUGCGGACCGAGCGUUACAUGCGACAGCCCUUGAGUGCUGUAGAACCGAUUCUUGCGGCGAUAUGCAUCAUCGCCGGAUCAGCCGUCCUCUUCUGUGGCGUGUCGUUGGCCUUCUGUCGUUUCUUCUUGAAGAGCAUGCGCCUCCUCUUGGGUUUAUCAUCUGGACGUUUCGGGGUCGACCCCAAAGUCGUGAAGCCCGUCCUCGCGAGCAUCCCCGUCGACUCGACAACUGCUUUGAAGAAGUUGGACCUCGCCUUCGCCUACCAUGCAUACGUUUGCUGCCCGGCUUGUUUCGCCCCAUACGCCAACACAGGUCCCGGUUCCUACCCCGAGACCUGUGUCAACGUGCCGACUGGGUCCACGUCAGCAUGCCAGCACUCCCUCAUGCGCCACAGGAGGAUCAACGGCCGAUUGCACUCAUACCCUGCUCGACAGCUGCUCCUUCAGAAUCUCAAAGAAUGGUUAGGCCGCUUUCUCUGCAGGCCUGGCAUCAUGGCGUCCUUGUUGCAAACCCCCACACCCAAAGCGCGGAUGUCCGACCUUUGGGACGCGCCUCAGAUGUCAGCGUUCAUAGGUCCAGACGGCUCGCAGUUCCUACGCGUUGUCCAUGGCGAGCUACGCCUCGUUUUCGCACUGAACGUCGACGGUUUCAACCCCUUUCAGGCAAAAGAGACCGGGCGAAGGGCGUCUGUGACGGCAAUGUACCUCAUCUGCCUGAACUUGCCGCCUCAUUUGCGCUACAAGGUCGAGAACAUGUUCUUCAUCGGUCUCAUCCCCGGUCCAAAAGAGCCCACCGAGGAUCAAAUUAAUCAUAUCCUUGCUCUCGUAGUCCAGCAGUUGCUCGAGUUCUGGACAAAGGGCGUCUUCUACGAUCGUACUCCACUUCAUGAUCGAGGCUUACUAGUCCGGCUCGCCCUUUUCCUCGUGGUGUGCGAUAGCCCAGCUGGACGAGACGUCUCUGGAUUUGCCCGUCACAACCACACCCGCUUCUGCCCGUACUGCAAAUUAACCUAUCAAGAGCGCAAUAACGUGGACUAUGAAACCUGGGUUGCUCGCACGCUGGGCGAGCAUCGGGCUUGCGCUGAGGCAUGGCGGGCCGGUAACGCCAAAGAGAAGUCACGGAUCUGGUCUGCGACCGGGAUACGGUACUCGGCACUCUUGGAGUUGCCAUAUUGGGACCCGCUGCGUUGUACCGUCAUCGAUAUGAUGCACGCACUCCUCUUGGGGAACCUUAAACGCCUGGUUCGUCUCUACUGGAACAUGUCCGCCAGUCUGGAGGAUGGAGAUGGGACUCGAGGCGAUACGGCUCCGCUCCCUCCCCAUCCUGAGAUGCUUGAUGAGAUAUGGCGCCACGUACGCGCGUCUCCAAGGAAGGCCCUGUCGCAAUUUACCCUGGACGACUUGCGAGGACUCGUUCGAAGGGAGAAUAUCGCCAUGCCUAGAAUCAUCGGCCCUCGCGCUAAUCACAAGAUCACGUUCGUGGAUGCGCUUGUGAAGCAUCGCAUCGAGUUAGGCUGGUUCAACGCGCAAGAUGAGCGUCUGAAGGAACCCGCUCUCGAUGAGCUCCCUCACGAUCCUCUCCAGGUGCUCGAGCUCGGCGCAAAUCCUGUAGAGAUUGCCUCUCUUGAUGUGUUCUUUGAAUGCGCACCGGAUGCCAGUGUCUUCUUCGACUUUACGGCAAAGGUCUUGAUUGCGUUUCUUGUAUACAAGAUGGAGCUCCCUCGGAGCAACUACGACAAGACGUCGGAGAGAUACAAGUUGUGGGGUAAGCGUGGUAAAAAGAAGGCGCUCGUGAAGAGGAUCACGGAGUUGAGGUUUAAUGCAGGCUUCUCAGACGCUAUAGGCAAUACGAAACGGCCUGACCCCGUGCGCUAUACUCGUACAGCGAGCAAUUUGGCCGGGGCUAAGAACACGGCCAUCUUAGGGAAACGCCGCCUCGCAGAAGUUUGGGCCGACAUGGAUCGUACGAUCACGCCAACCUGGGUCGGGCACGCGCCGCAUCACAUCGGAGAUAAGCAGCAUCGCAAGGUCGGCGCGGACGAUUACAGAAUCUUCAUCACUAUCAAUCUGGUUGUCACGAUGGUUCGACUAUGGGGACCCUGCCCUCUCGACUCGCGUGAGCGCGCGCUGCUGGAUAACUUCAUGGCUCUCGUCACUGCUACAAAUCUCGCAUCUUCCAGGGAGAUCGACAACGAAGUUGUCGAGCAAUAUUUCGACAACAUGCUGGCAUGGAUCCAGGGCCUUAUUGACCUCUUCCCAGGCGUGUUGAUCGAAUCACAGCAACAUCUUUCCCUUCACCUUCCUUAUUUCCUUCUCAGCCUCGGCCCUACUCAUGCAUGGCGCUGCUUCGUCUUUGAACGUUGGAACUUUCUGCUACAACAGAUCAACACGAACAAUCAAUUUGGGUCUCUCGAGCGAACAAUGUUUGAGCGUUUCAUCAUGAACCAGUUACUACGUGCUGCCCUUCUUGACGGCGGCCUGACAGCGGAGCUACAGGGGUUCAAGCCCAUCUUCGAGGAGUGUUUCGAGUCGGAUAAGCGUGGAACCAUGCUCAGUGACUUCCUGUCCCUCGGACCUGACGAAGACCGGGCAGCCCCGCUGCAUCCAUCCUCUCAACGACCCUCGCUUGACGAUUUCGAACCGUCUGUCCUUGCGCAGUUACGGAAUAGCAUAACUCGCUCAGGCGCCAUUUUCUUAUUUCACCAUGCGAGCAUCGUGCGCUCGGUCUCGGUCGGAGCUGCCACGUUCUCCGUGAACUCUCCUGACUGUUACGUCGCAGUUGGGACCUUCCCGGCGGCUUGGCGUCUCGGCAAGAUCGUCCAACUCAUAACAUACUCCGAGCCGACUACGCCCGCUUCGACCUCCUCACAGACGUUCGUCGCCGUUCGCUAUUUCAAGGACCUCCUUCAGGCGGACUCAAGAUACGACUGGUAUCGUGAUUGGCCGCUUGCAGCUGGCAAACUUCACUAUGCUGAAGUCGAGGACGAGAUUGACCUGGUGGCCCUUGAGCAAGUGAUCUGUCAUUGCUGCGUUACGGAGUGGGAAACGUGGUCUUAUAUCAAUAGACCUGUGAUACACGCUCUUCCACUGAAUAGAUGA